AUGCUCUGUGACCUUUGGGUUGACUCACAAGUGACCUCAAGCGCGCCCGUCUCACCCCCUCCCGCUCCAUGCAGCCUGUUCUUCGACCCGCAUCGCCACAUGCUGUUUGACUAUGUGGGCGGCACCCGGGACCUCUACAAACAGACCGGCAGAGUAAAGAACCUGCAGGACUUGAAUGGUCUCCUGAACAACCUGCCUGUCCCCUCCCCUUCCCCCGCUUUUGACCACAUCCACCAGCGCGCGCGGUGUGUGAGGGCCAUUCGCCUGGCAGCGCGCCUGGGCUUCCGUCUGAGCACAGGGGUGACUCGGGCUCUCAAGGCGCCCUCCACCCUGCCCGCUGUCGCCACUCUACCUCAGUCUCGUAUGCAAAUGGAGCUGGUGCAGAUGAUGUCUCACGGCGCAUCUGAGCCAUCCAUUCGCUUGCUCUGGCAGUUCAACCUGCUCCCUCUGCUGCUGCCGUUACAG